AUUUCAGAGCAUCAGGGCGCCUGGGUGGCUCAGUCCAAGAGUGUAACACAGAGAUCCUGCUGAGUUUCCAGCUGCCAGCCUGUCCUACGGAUCUCAGAUUUGCAAGCCUCUCCACAACUAUUCCCGAGGCAGCCAGCAAGAAAGGCUUCUCCACUUUUUGGCUGGGGUGUGGGAAGACAUACCUUCCUACACAUGGCCCCUUUGAAGAACUGACGGAUGCUUGGUCUUCCCGGCAACACGGGGCGGAGGAGACGUCUCGUCGUGGCCACCAGUUCAACGGGGCUCCCGAUUUAUGAGGCCGGAAAACGUUCACGGGAAGCUAAAUAACAGGGUAAUGAGGGGUUCUUCUAGAAAGUGGUAUUAACUUUAAUGAGGAGCAAACCCUUUGUAAAGGCCAACGCCCACUGGGGCAGAGAUAUAAACGCGGGGUGAAGGGCUGCUUGUCCACACUGGGGGGGCGCCUGGCCUCGAAGACCGAUCGCUCGUGUCUGGGCGGCUGAGGUCAAUGGCUUCCAAGUGCCUGAAGGCCAGCUUCUCUUCGGGGUCUCUCAAGGGCCUGGGAGCGGCCGGCGGGGGCUCCGCUCGCGUGUCCGCAAUGUACUCCAGUGGCUCCUGCAAGCUCCCCAGCCUCUCCCCCGGGCCCCGGAGCUUCUCUGCGUGCUCCGUGGGGCUGGGCCGGAGCGGCUGCAGGGCGGCCAGCUGCCUGCCCGCUCUCUGCCUCCCGUACGGAGGCUUUGCCACCAGCUCCAGCGUGGGUGGGGGCUGGUUCGGGGAAGGCGUCCUCGCCGGCAGCGAGAAGGAGACCAUGCAGUCCCUGAACGACCGCCUGGCCAGCUACCUGGAGAAGGUGCGCCAGCUGGAGCGGGACAACGCCAGCCUGGAGAGCCGCAUCCGGGAGUGGUGUGAGCAGCAGGUGCCCUUCCUGUGCCCCGACUACCAGUCCUACUUCCGGACCAUCGAGGAGCUCCAGAAGAAGACCCUGUGCACCAAGGCAGAGAACGCCAGGCUCGUGGUGCAGAUCGACAACGCCAAGCUGGCCGCAGACGACUUCAGAACCAAGUACGAGACGGAGCUGUCCAUGCGGCAGCUGGUGGAGUCAGACAUGAACGGCCUGCGCAGGAUCCUGGACGAUCUGACCCUGUGCAAGGCCGACCUGGAGGCCCAGGUGGAGUCCCUGAAGGAGGAGCUGCUGUGCCUCAAGAAGAACCACGAGGAGGAAGUGAACUCACUUCGGUGCCAGCUUGGUGACCGGCUCAAUGUCGAGGUGGACGCUGCCCCGCCUGUUGACCUGAACCGUGUUCUGGAUGAGAUGAGAUGCCAGUAUGAGACCCUGGUGGAGAAUAACCGCCGUGAUGCUGAAGAAUGGUUCAACACCCAGACGGAGGAGCUGAACCAGCAGGUGGUGUCCAGCUCAGAGCAGCUGCAGUCCUGCCAGGCAGAGAUCAUCGAGCUGAGACGCACGGUCAAUGCCCUGGAGAUCGAGCUGCAGGCCCAGCAGAGCAUGAGAGAUGCUUUGGAAUCCACCCUGGCGGAGACCGAGGCACGCUACAGCUCCCAGCUGGCCCAGAUGCAGUGCCUGAUCAGCAACGUGGAGGCCCAGUUGGCCGAGAUCCGGGCUGACCUGGAGCGGCAGAACCAGGAGUACCAGGUGCUGCUGGACGUGCGGGCCCGGCUGGAGGGCGAGAUCAACACGUACCGGGGCCUGCUGGAGAGCGAGGACUGCAAGCUGCCCUGUAACCCGUGUGCUCCUGACCACUCGCCUUCCAAGGCCUGCCUCCCCUGUCUUCCUGCGGCCUCCUGUGGUCCGGGCGCUGUCCGCACAACCUGCAGCCCCCGCCCCAUCUGUGUGCCCUGCCCGGGGGGCCGGUUCUGAGAGUGACUGGCCAUUGUCUCCAGGGCUUAGGCUUGGCCUCUUUUCAACCCUAACCCUAAAGCCCAAUCCCCUCUCUCUGUGCGGAGCCCAGGGCCCUGGGGCCUGGCCCUGAGCGGUCUCACUGCAAAUACAUGCCUCAAAGUCUCUCAAAGCUUGUCAUUAAGGCUGGUCACCCCCGAAAGCCUCAACUCCUCAUCAUUUCAAUGGGUGCCAGCCAGGCUCUCUGUUCUCAGGCUGCCUCCUGGGUCAGGUUUUCCUUCUGGGCGCUCUUUUAGUGGGUUCUGAAAUGCAAUAGAGGGCUUGUGUGGGCAGCAUAAUAAAGUGCAUUUGCUUUGGCUCUUGACGCCUGACUGGCA